CAUCAAAACGCCGAAUAACAAAAACGCUCGCUUUCCCACGCCCCACUUCCCAGAGGCGCUCGCACACCCACACGGCCAAGGCAUGUCCAGCAGCCCACGCGGCCGAGCAGCCACGCCCGGAGUCAGCCUGCCGCAGGUCGAGGACCGAGCCUUGGGGCAGCCCCUGCAGCAGCGGCAGCCCCUGCAGCAGCGGCAGCAGCUGCGGCAGCGGCAGCGCCGGCAGCGCCUCGCACGUCCUGUCCGCCACGGCGGCCUCCAGCGGCAGCGCCGCCUCGCGCGCCGCGCGCGUGCCGCUGCUCGACUUCGGGCAGCUCCUCGAGGCAGCCCUGGAGGCCGAGGCGCGGCCCGCCCCGCCGCCCGACGGGGAGCGGCGCGCCCCGGUGCUGGAGCUCGGCGAGCGGCUGCUGGAGGCCGUGGGCGACGUCUCGACCUCCAGCCUCGGCACCCUCGAGCCGGACGGGGGCGCGGCGCUGGCGCCAGGCGUGGCACCGACGCCGCGUUUCGGGAACGCCCGCGAGCACGCUGCGCCCGACCCAAUGCCCGACGCGUGGCCGUGGGCGCCCUGGGGAGCGCCGGCGCUGUCGUGCAGCCUCGUGGCUACCCGGGCGCCCGCACCGCCCGGGCCCGCGCAGCAGGGCCUCCCGGCAGCGCUGGCUGCAGCCCCGGCGGCCCCAGAGCGCGGAGAGCCGCGCGUGUUUCGCGCCCUCUCGGGCCUGCGGGUCCGUGCCAGCCCCACUUAGGAGCCGGGGGCCCCCGCGGCGGAUCGGCGGGGGCUGCCUGUUCGGCGCCUCGGGCCAGCACGUCCGGGAGGACGGGCAGGCUCGCCUCCGGGGACGGCUGGGUGCGCACGCGUGGCGCCAAGGGCAAGUGGGCGGGCAAGCCUCUCGUGGAGCCGCAGGCGACGGGGCAGGCAUUGGGGACGGAGGAGGAGGCCGCGACAUGGAUCGAGGAGACGACUGGGUACAUGCAGGGGGGCAAAAGCUUCCGAGAGUGGUUGCAAUCUGGUGUCGUGCUCUGCGCCUUGGUAAACUCAAUCCACCCUGGCGCAGUCGGCAAAGUGAGUAGCGGCCACGACGAGCUCAGUCGGAUGCGGAACAUCGCCCUCUUCCUCAGCGCCAUCCACGAAAUGGGCAUACCAGAGCACCUGACCUUCCAUGAAUCGGACUUUGGCCAGGAAUGCAACAUGGACAAGGUCGCUCGAUGUAUCCAUGCUCUCAGAACACGGAUGCAGCCAGCCAGGUUCGGACAUGUAGGUCCCGUCGCGGGAGAUAGUUGUUGCGCGACCUCGAGGGCAGAGCGAGGCGGUUGGGCCAGGGCAGAGCUGGUGAGAAUGAGCUGCGGUAAAGACUGCCCGCCUUGCCAGCUGAUGUAA